CCUUGGCCCUCCAGUCUUGCAGCACCGGACGAGGAGCAACCGAUGGAGAUGGUCUGAUUUGCACGAACAACUUGCGCCCCUCAAAUUCAAGCUCACCCUCCCCGUCCCCGCUAUCACUCGAAACACUCUCCUUUUCAAUCGUGCUCAGAAAUCUAAGGCGGGCUCUGACGAAAUCGCAUCGUCGUGGGUGGAUUCGCUGGGGCCGUUAGGGGGCGCGGCUGGACAGAUGACGGCGAGCGGAGGGGGCGGGAACACAUGGGGGUGACACGUCGGACGGCGCCGGCGGUGGCGGUUCUGUAAGACAAGCGGGAGUGACGCCUCUCCGUGCCCCCCUCCGCGAGACCAGAAAGCAGAAGCGAACCCCGCUCCCGUGGCAGAAUGGAAUGGUGUGGCCAAUAGGCUCCGCUCCCGCAAGAAUUCCAGAACUGGGCCGGGGCCGGGCCCGCCCCCUUCCGUUGCUUGGCAGCAGCUUCCCUCCCCCCUUCCAGGACCCGAAGCCGGGACCAGGUUCUUCUUUCUCCCGUCCCUCCCCGCCUCGUCGAGGAGAUCCGUCCUGGUCGGAACCUCCGCUCCCUCCCCUUGCUCCCUGCUCCCAUUAGGAGGCCCCGUAGCGACUCCCUUCCUGGGCAAGGUCCCUGGUUGCUUGCUCCAGAAUCCCCCCCUUGGGCUUCCCUCCCUUCUCCCUCCACUGUCCAUUUGACCCCACUCCAGCCCUACUUGCUGCUUGCUCUCCUUUCUGCCCCCUCUCACCUGUUGAGGCGUCCCCCUCCUCCGCUCCUCGUGCCCCUUUCGCACAAUCAUCUCUGUCUCGGGGUUCCUCCCCCCACCCCACCCCACCCCACCCCGGUGCACUGGUGCCAUGCGCUUCUCUUUGGUCCUGUCGCUUCUGCGCCCUGUGGGGCCUGUAGUGGUUGGGGUGUCUCUCGGCUUCACGCUCAGCCUGCUUAGUGUGACCUGGGUAGAGGAGCCGUGUGGGCCCAGCCAGGGCAGCCUGCGAGAUGGGAGCAUGGAGCAGCAGCAGCAAGGGGGCCAGGGCAAUGCUGCCCGCAAGCCCAAUUCUGUGCCUGUGGGGCUGGGCACGGAGCCUGAACAGAACUGGGAGCCCCGCGUCCUGCCCUACAAGCCUCCCAACCCAGGCAAGGCUGCCAAGAAAACAAUCAGGACCCGAUACAUCAGCACGGAGCUGGGCAUGAGACAGCGCCUCUUUGUGGGUGUGCUGACCUCGAAGAACACGUUGCACACUCUGGCUGUGGCCGUGAACCGUACGCUGGGCCACCGGCUGGAACGCCUGGUCUACUUCACAGGCACACGGGGGCGCAAGGUGCCACAUGGCAUGCUGGUGGUGACACACGGGGAUGAGAGGCCCAUCUGGAACAUGUACCAGACCGUCAAGUACGUGCUGGACCAUUACGUGGCGGACUUCGACUGGGUUUUCCUGGUGCAGGAUGACACUUACACAGAGGCACACCGUGUGAACCGCUUAGCCUCUCACCUGAGCAUCGACACUCUGCUUUACAUGGGCCGGCCGGAGGAGUUCAUUGGCGGGGACACUCAAGGCCGCUAUUGCUACGGCGGCUUUGGCUACUUGCUUUCGCGGGCCCUGCUCCUGCGUUUGCAGCCUCACUUGGAAAGUUGCCGGAACGACAUCCUGAGCGCCCGGCCAGACGAGUGGCUGGGGCGUUGCAUCAUUGACUACACAGGAGUGGACUGCGUGGCAGAGCACGAGGGCCUGCAUUACCAGUACUUUGAGCUUGGAAAGAACACAGAUCCUGAGAAAGAGAGCGACCCACAAUUCAGUGCUGCAUUCACAGUGCAUCCUGUGCUGGACCCUGUGCAGAUGUACCGGCUGCACAGACACUUCGCCCGCGUGGAACUGGAACACACUUACCAGGAAAUCCAGCAGUUACAGCUAGAGAUCCAGAACACCAGCAGCCUGUCCGCAGAUGGCGACUUGAGUGCCACAUGGCCCAUUGGCAUUGCACCCCCUUUCCAGCCGAAGACGCGCUUUGAGGUGCUGCGCUGGGACUACUUUACUGAGGAGGCAGCCUUUGCCUGUGUGGAUGGCGCCCCCAAGUGCGAGCUUCGAGGAGCCGAUGCAGCCGACGUGGCGGAUGUAGUCGCCGCAGCCGUGGAAGAACUGAACCAUCGGUACCAGCCGGUGCUACACGUGCGCAAGCAGCAGCUGUUGAAUGGGUACCGCCGCUUUGACCCGACGCGAGGCAUGGAGUACACCCUGGACCUGCAGCUGGAGAUAGUGACCCAGAAGGGGCACAGCCGUUCCCUGGCCAAGCGUGUGCAUCUGCUGCGCCCCCUCAGCGAAGUGGAGAUCAUCCCUAUGCCCUACGUGACAGAGGCCAGCCGGGUCAACGUCAUCCUGCCACUGACAGCCCCAGAGCGGGAUUAUGCCGCGCGCUUCCUCGAGGUCUAUGCUGCAGCCGCCUUUGAGAAUGCCGAGAAUGCUGUGCUCACCUUCCUCUUCAUCUACGAUCCUUUUGAGGCUCAGCAGGUGGCUCAGAAUGAUGUCUUUGCGGCAGUGAAAGCACGCAUUGCAGAGUACGAGCGGCGCUACACACAAGUAAAGAUCCCCUGGAUCAGUGUCAAGACGGACGCACCUUCCCAGAUCAAAGUGAUGGACAUCAUCUCCAAGAAGCAUCCUGUGGACACGCUCUUCUUCGUGGCGGGCGUGAGCACCGAGGUCACCACUGAGUUCCUCAACCGCUGCCGCAUGAACACCAUCAACAGCUGGCAGGUCUUCUUCCCGAUCCAUUUCCAGGGCUACAACCCCACCAUCGCCUUCCACAACCAGCCUUCACCUCUCUCUGGCUUGGACCUGGUGCGGGACGCUGGCCAUUUUGACCGGGAUGCUUUCAACGAAGCCUGCUUCUACAACGCUGACUACAUGGCAGCCCGCACCCGCAUGGCGGCCGACGCCCAGGACAACGAGGACAUCCUGGAGACCCUGGACAUCUACGACCUCUUUGUCAAGUAUUCCAACCUCCACGUCUUCCGUGCUGUGGAGCCUGCCCUCUUGCAGCACUACCGGCCACAUAGUUGCAACCCCCGGCUAAGCGAGGAGCAGUAUCACCGCUGUGUGCAGAGCAGUUUGGAGGGCCUGGGCUCCCGGGCCCAGCUGGCCAUGGUGCUCUUUGAGCAGGAACAGGGCAACAGCACAUGAGGGCCAGGCCAGGGGCCAGCCUGCCUUGCCAUCUCCCCUGCAUUCACUUCCUGUAGUGGUGAGCUGGAGAAGACUGCUUGGGCUUGGAGCCCAGGGUGCAGUUCUGACUAGCCGGACAGGCAUUGUGCUGGACAGAAGAUGGGAGUGGGGAUUGGGAGGUGUUGGUCCUGCUCCCUGUUUGGUCUUGCUCCACCCCCCUAGGUCGGGCCCAGGGCAGCUGCAAGUUUCAAGCAAGGGCAGGCAGGACCUGCCCUGGGGAUUUCCUGCCUUUGGUGGCUCAGCCCUCCAGCUCCUGCCCUGCGGGUGCCAGGGCUCUUCGAAGGGCUUCCUGUGUAAGUCGCAGGUGGGCUGGGUUGCUGGAUUUUGAGACAGAAGGGGAAGGAGAGAAAGCUGGUUCCUCAGGAACGUUGCUCAGUCCUAGGGCUGCAGAUUUGGUGCUAACUGAAUGGACCUUCUCGGUUUUGAUAUGAAAAAGCUCCUCUGUGGGCAGGAGGGCAGAGGGAUUCCUGCUGUCCUUGUUUGUCCUGUGACGCUCCCCAUGGAAACCAUGACCCAGGCUGCUUUGGCCUCAGAUUUAGUAUUAGGAGGGGAAAGAGCCCUCAGAUGUGAUGGGAGUAGGGAUUGAGAGGUGUAUUAGGAAGGGAAAGAGCACAGCCCCAGCAAGAGCUUUCAGUAGGAGAGCUGAGCUGCCCCUGCUGCCAGGCUGGAUCUGGCACAGUGGGGACAAACUGUAUCUCUGGCACUGCCUGCCACCUCUUCUGCCACCUGCUGGGCUGGAGGUGCAUGGACUUGACCUGUCUGGCUUCCAUGUGAGGAUGCCCUGAACUCUGCUGAAGAGUGUGUGGUGUUGGUCAGCCUGGCGCUGUGACCAGGGAGCAGGCAAGGUCCGGCAUGUGGGGAGGAGAUGGAGCUUGGCUCUCCAGUGGGUUUAUAUUUAACAUGGGGCUGGUGGGGUGGGGUGGUAACUAAAAUCUGUUCUACAUUUUAAUAAACUGGAAUGAAGUGCAAGGUGUCUGGUUAUGGUUUUUUCUGUGUUAGGUUCUAGACAUGCAUGGUGUGAUGAUGGGGAGGAUCAUGCAACAGAUGGGAGUUAUUUAUAUAUGGGAACUUACAGAAAGACCGUGUGGUCCCUGAAGACUAAAGAAGAGCAGUUACAUCUUUUGAAGAGGAUAAAAUAAGCAGCUAUGGAGUUUGGCAUUUAUAUAUGGGGAAAACAGGUUAAAAACCACCUGAUGCCUGCAAAUUUCGGUUAUCUAUUAGCAAGUCUGCCCUGAUUUUGUAAAGUGUUUGCAAAUAUUUAAUUCCUGAUGGGGGAGAGGUCAGUGGCAGAGUGUUGAUAGUCAAAAUAGCUGCUGUAAUGGAAGGUCAGCUUCAUUGAAGGGAACAGUGUUUGCAUAGGACCUGUGCGUGGUUGGCAGGAAAAGGAACGUGGAGACAGGAAAGCUAGAGAGCUGGGGUGGAGAGCUUGAGAAGAUGGAGAGAAGAGCGAUGGGGCAGGGACCUAUGAAGACAGGAGGACUGAAGGAGGAGGAUACAGAGGCAGAGGUGCUUGGGGAAAAUGUGGCAGACAGGUCCUAGGCCCGGAAGUGACUUUAUUGAGGAAGUUGGAUAGGAAGGAGGCCUGUGGACCAGGGAGCUAUCUGUGCAAGGAAACUAUGAAUGUGAAUUUCACAGAUAGGCUUGAAAGAACAGAUCUUCUGCCACCUAUCUUCUAUAACAUAUUUGUAAGAGGAAAAUGCAUGUUACAAAUAGUCAGCUUGGGUUUCAUGAAAGACAAGGGGCCCUUUCUCACGAUUAGUGAGAAGGGUCAGGAGGGCAUGUGGGGAGGGAGGCUAGAGAUGCUUACCUUCCCACAGAUGAUUGCAGCACUGUUGCUGGGUGUGUGGAUUGUGUACCCAGAUGAUCACCAGCUGCCCCAGGCGGGGCAGAGCGUUGGGGGCUGGGAUGCAUCAUCUUGGCCCCUGGACAUCCCAUAAUGCACUGUGCCAGUUUAAGUGUCACUAGAACUUUACCAAAUUUUGUCAGACUUGGUUCUCUCUUGCGCCUCAAGGAUUGUGUGCUCCAUCUUGAAUUGGGGCAGAUGACAUCACACAAAUUACACAGGUGUCCCAAAUUCUGUCCAAAUCAGUUAGGCAGUUCUCAGUUGUACCCACUUGCAAGUCAAAUGUUUGAGUCCACCAUCUUGAAUUGGGGUGGAUGACAGAAUCACAAACUCUGCUGUUGAGGUGUCUGUACAGCUGUUCCAAAUUUGGUUCAAAUCAUAGUCAACUAUUACAACCGCACCCCACAGCUAAAAUUCAAUUCAAAUAAAUAGGUGGUCAGUCUCUGGCUUCAUAGUGAUGAACCUGUGUGGGAAGGAAAUUCCAUAGUUUGACAGAUUGAGAGGUAGGGGUGUGUGUGUGUGUGUGUGUGUGUGUGUGUGUGUGUGUGUGUGUAAAAGACAUUCUUCGUUUGAAGCAGGCAUCAACUUCUCUUCCCUCAGUGUUCAGUGUAGAUCACAGCCAAUGUUUUGUUUUCUCUUGUUUUUGAAUUCUGAAGAUAUUGGGACAUAGAGAGUGCAGUUCAUAUAUUGGGCCAUUAGCAAGCCUUUUAACCUUGUCACAAAUGGCAUUCUCUUGUAUAAGUGUUUGGGAAAUGUGGACUGCAAAUAAAGAUAAGUGUGCAAUUGACUAAAAAUAUUGCAUGUUGAGACCUGCAAUAAAUUUAGAUUUGUGUGUGACCAAGACUUCCACAUAGCGGGUAUUGUCUUAUGAUAUUGGAAGAAAUAUGAGCGAAUGUACCAUUUAAUAAACAUAAACUACAACUCCUUA